AUGGAGAAUUGUGGUGAAGUGUGGCCAGAAGGCCAGUGCUCCCUUGAUGCUUCAGCUGCUGUUCGCACUACCACAAUAACGAUGGAAAGGUGUGCAGUUCUCUACUCAGAUGUAGAAGAUGACCCGUCCCUCCUGACAGACAAUGGGAUGGGCACCCGGGCCCCUUUCCACUGCUCUGAGUGUGACAAAAGUUUCCGCUAUCGCUCAGACUUGCGCCGACAUUUUGCCCGGCACACAGAGCUGAAACCUUUCCAGUGCCCGCACUGUGUCAAGAGCUUUAAGCAUUCCUUUAACCUGGUGAACCAUAUACGGAGCCACACCGGGGAGCGCCCCUACCGCUGCACCAUGUGUCCCAAAGGUUUCCGCGACUCAACAGGGCUCCUCCACCAUCAGGUGGUGCACACUGGGGAGAAGCCGUACUCCUGCCCCAUCUGUGAGCUCCGCUUCUCCUCCCGUGGCAGUUUAGGCCGCCAUCUCAAGAGGCAACACCGCACUUCUGCCGCGGCUGCAAUCCCUCAAGCUCCCGUGCCCCGCUGCCUGGCCUGUGGCAAAGAGCAGAGCCCUCUUGGCCACCUCUGCAGUGCUGGGCGAGGACGGGCCACUCCCUUUGGAUGCGGGGCCUGCGGGCGGCACUUUCAGUUGGCGUCAGAGCUGCGUCGCCAUUGGCUGGCCCAUACUGACAUUAAGCCCUUCAAAUGCCCAGAGUGUGAGAAGGACUUCAAUGCUGCCUCUCUGUUAGAGCGCCACAAACUCACCCAUGUAAAGGGCAGGCUGCCGCCAUGCCCAGUUUGCUCCGAGAAAGUCCAGCAGAGCGACACGGUGCCAGAACCACCAAGCCUGGAAGCAGAGCCAAAAGGAGAGCAGGAGGAGGUGAAAGCCCUGCAGCAUAGCAGUGGCUGCCCAACUUGCCGGCCUCCAGAUGCCAGCCCCCCAGAGACACUGUUCCAGUGCGACUGUGGGACCUUUUUUGCUAAUGGCAACACUCUGGCCGCUCACUUGACUGCCCAUGGAGGGGAGCCCUCCUUCACAUGCGGCAUUUGCGGUCAACCCUUUGUGAACUUGCAGAUCUUGGAGGAGCACCCUUGUCUUCAGUUUCUGCACGUCUGACCAAGAACUUGAAGCACUGCAGAAGAAUGUUCACUUUCUGGAGGAUCUUUCCCGCUUUUUACCUUAUGACAAGUAUAAGCAAUGGAGACUCCUGGGCCUGUUGCCCAAGGCGAUGCACCCCGAGAACUUAUCUAACAUCACUCAAGAGCAGCUGGAAGCGUCCUUUUUGAAAAUGUGCCACUAUGGGGAACACUGUGAAUCCUGCAAUUCCCUGAAAGAACUUCUCAUUUCUUUUUUUUAAUGUUUUUUUUAAGUGUUUCUGUACAUAGAAAGAGUGAGAACAAUAGUGGGUAUAGGAAAGAUAGAAGAAAGGGAAAAAAGAAGAAGAAAAAAUGAAAAAAAAUUAGGAGAGGCGUAAGAAAAAAAGAAAAAGAAAAAAAAAGAAGAAAAUAUAUUUUUAAAAAGUAUUUGCCUUCUAAUUCAUUCCUUUCAGGCAUGUUUCAUAUCCAUCUUAAAUAGUUCCCGCCUUCUGUCUUUUAUGUUUAUAAGUAUCAUUAUCUUACUGACUUCUCAUAUUGAUUCUAUAAUUAAUAGUGUUCGUUGCUUCUCUAGGAAGUCCUUGACUCUUGACCAAUCUGUUGUAGUAGUAGUAGCAAUUUAUUACGGUCUAUGACCAGAAUAUAUAGAAAUGGGCACAGGUGCCCGAAAGGGGAAUCGCAGUUCCCAUAAAAGUCAGAUAAAAGAGCAAGUUAAAAACAUGCUAUAAUAAAAACAAAUUAAAAGCAGACUAUUAGCAGGGUCAGCUAAUAGUAAAUAUCGAUCCUCUGGAGGGGGAUAGAGGGAGCAUUUGCAGUCUUUCAGUUAUAACAGAUUGCUCUGGCUACAGGCCCUGUGGGGUCAGUCAUCGUCCGUCUGAUGGAAAUUGCUGCCGCACAGAACCUGGCGACACUAUAGGUUAUUGCAGAACAGGAGUCUGAGAGCAGCAGAGAGGUGUAGUAUCUUUCAGUGCGGCCUGGAUGUUUUAAAAGCCAAGGAGUGAUGAAAUUGAUUCUAAUAUCUCUAUAAAACAUACACUGGAGGAGCACGUGCUCGAUAGUUUCGAUAUGGCCAGACUCACAAGGGCAUAGUCUUUCCAGAGCAGGGGUCUUCCGGUACCUCCCCUCCAGUACUGCUGAUGGGAGGGUGUGACAUCUUGCAAGAGUGAAGGCUUUACGAUGAUUAGGCACCUCCAGGUUUGUUAAAUAAGCCAUGGGAGUGAUGGUAUAUCUGUUGUUUGCACUAAUGUUAAAGACUGGAGAGCAAGCUAAAUCAGAUUGUCGCUCUGUAUCCAGGAUCCGUUGUCUGAUGUGGACCUUAGCUUGGUCCCAUCCCAUGCUUAGUAGAUGUUUUUGAGAGAAGCCUAGAGUUGCGAUUUUAGUUGCUACUACCUUGUUCCAUGUGGAUUGAAACUCAUCUCUCAGAGUUAGCGGGGCAAGGCCACAUGGCGAGUGAGACAGAUGCAGCCAGUAAUUGAGAGUGGCUAUCCAUGCUCUCACCUCCACUCUCACGAGGCCUGUUUCUAAACGCAGGAUGGCGUUUGAGACGCAUCUGGGGACUUGCAUCGUUGAUCUUAAAAAAUUUGAUUGUACCUGCUCCAGAGGGGCAAAGUUUGGGUAGGGGCCGAGCUGGGCUCCAUACAUCAUUUGUGCUAUUGGUUUUGCCUCAAAGAGCUUAAGAGCUGCUGGAAUAUAGUGGCCUCCUCCUGUCUUGAGAAACUUUAGGAUAGCGUGUGAGCUCUUUUGCGCCGUCUCCGCUACGUAAUCAGCAUGUACUUUUCUAUUUCCAGUGCAGUGAAAGAAUACCCCCAGAUAUUUAAAUCUUGAGACCUGUUCGAUGUUGUGUCCAUCUAGUCUCCAUGUAUGGUUCUUGGGUCGUUUCGCAAACUCCAUAAUUUUGGUUUUUUGAAAGUUAAGGUGAAGCUGUUCUGCACUGCAAUAUUUUGCUAGGGCUCUCAGGGCUCUUUUCAGGCCAACUUGGGUUCUGGAUAGUAGCACUGCGUCAUCAGCGUAAAGCAGGAUAGAUAGGUGCCUUUCUGCCAAUUUUGGAGGGUGGUAGUCCAAGUUGUAAAGGUGCUCCACCAUGGAGUUGAUAUAAAAGUUAAAUAAUAGUGGGGCCAGAGUACAUCCCUGUUUAACGCCUUUCUCUGUUUCAACUGCCCUAGUAAGGUGGCCUUGAGAGCUACAUCUUAUUUUCAGUGUGGUCCCUUCAUGUAGGGAACGUAUUAGUUGCAGGAGUCGUUUAUCUAUUGAAGUGGACCCAAGUUUUUCCCAUAGCUUGAUACGGGAGAUAGAAUCAAAGGCUGCUCUAAAGUCUAUAAAUGCAGCAUAGAGGGACGAUGUUCUCUGGGAGGUAUAUUUUUCUAUAAGGUGCUGUAAUACUAUGCACUGGUCGAUGGUGGACCGUCCUUCCCUGAAGCCAGCUUGUUCCUCCGCAAGUAUGUUUUCUUGCUCCAUCCAGUCCAGCAAUUUCCAGUACAGAUGUCUUGUAUAUAUUUUGCUAAUAGUAUUAAGGAGGCUAAUGGGUCUAUAAUUAGCCGGAUCGUCCUGCCUCCCUUUUCUUUUAUAUAUGGGUACAAUGACUGCCAUCCCCCAGUCCUUGGGUAUUUGGCCGUAUUUCUCGAUACAGGUAAAUAGAGAUGCAAGGAUAGGCGACCAAAAGUCCAAAUUAUUUUUGAUGACCUCGGGCGGGAUCGCAUCCUCUCCUGGUGCCUUUCCUGGUUUAAGUUGGGCUACUAGUCUCUCUAUUUCUGCAGUUGUCACCGGUGGCCAAGAGGGAAGGCUUUCCAUUGAUAUGUUUGGGCAUACAUAUCUGCCUGCAUUUUCCGAAUAGGUGUCCCUGUAUAGUUCUUGAAAGUAUACUUCCCAACUUGCUGGCGAGAUUUGUGAGUCAACUGCAGUUUGAUCCCUGCUUUGUAUGUUAGAUGUAAUACGCCAGAAAGUGGUUGUAUCCUUAGCCUUGACGGCUUCGAUGAGCCGCUCCCAGUUGUUUUUUAUGGCUUCUCUCUCUUCUUGCGCGUUAGUAGUUGUUUAUAUUGUCUCUUUUGCAGCAGAAGGUCUUGUGCAGUAGUUGAAGUGGGGUUGAAUUUAAAACUCUGAUAAACAGUGGAAAGUGCUUUCUUAGCAGAAAGACAUUCCUUAUCAAACCAUGUUUGGGAUUGUUGGUGUGGUUGUCGCUGUAGCUGAGUCCUCUCUGUGUUGUUGCCCUGACUUAGCUGACUUUGGAGCUCUUGGACAAUAUUUCUGUAAGUUUCCAUAAGAGCAUUGGCGUUUUCGGCUGAGAUCAAAGAGGUACGAAGGCUCGUAAGUCGCUCUGUUUUUAGCAGAUCUGUUAUUCUUUGAUUCACUUGUAGGGUCCACUUGACUCGUUUAUAGAAUCCUUCUGUAAGCUGCAAUGGUAGUCUAUAGGAUUCUGUCAAAUGGAUUUCCUGGGAAAAACCAUGUAGAUGGAGUAACACUGGGAAGUGAUCGCUCUCAGGUUUGGGCAUCUGUUAUUUUAUGUCCUAAUUUAAUUCUUUCUGUCAGAAUGUCCAUUUGCAUAAUCUCAAGUACUUUAGUAGUCCAUUCAUGUAUGUCUGGUAUUUCUUUUUGUCUCCAUUUUUUGGCUAUGAUAAUUUGCGCGGCUGUGGUUAGAUAAAAGAACAAUUUCUCUUGGUUUUUGUCUAAUUUGAUGUCAGUGAUACUCAGGAGGAAGUAUUCUGGUUUCAUUUUAAUAUUGACCUGGAGGAUUUCUUCCAUACUUUUCCUCACUUCUUCCCAGAACUUCUGAAUUUUCUUACAUAGCCACCACUGAUGGAGAAACGUACCUUUCGUUGUUUCACAUCUCCAGCAUUUAUUUGUUUGAUACGUUCCUAUAGAAUUUUGCCAGCUUCUCAGGGGUGAGAUACCACCUGUGAAACAUUUUGAGCCAGUUUUCUCUUAAGUUUAUUGAAGCAGUGUAUUUUAGCUUUUUGUUCCACAUGUUUUCCCAUUCCUCAAGUUUAAUUGUCCUGUUGAGGUCUUUGGCCCAUUGUAUCAUGCAGGAUUUAAUCAGUUCUGUUUCUGUAUCCCACUCUAAUGAUUGAUUAUAUAAUAUUUUUAUAGUUUUUUGUUUCUUUUUCAUUAUUUUAUCUCAAAUAUUCUCUUUGACCAUGAAGCCCUUUACUUUAUCUUCUUUAUAACAUUCUUUAAUUUGGUAAUAUUGGAACCAGGUUAUCUUCAGGUUCGAUUGCUUGAUUUCAUCAUAAGUUUUUAUUGUCAGGUCUUUAUCUUGGGCCUGCAAGAUUUGUUUAUAUGUGAGCCAUUUAUCUUCUCCCAAUUCUUUCUUAUGUUUAGCCUCUACCGGAGAUAUCCAUAAUGGAGUUUUAUUAUAAAAUCUCAUCUUGUGUUUCUCACAAACUCUAAUUAGCGCUGCCCUUAUGAAAUGAUUAUUAAAGUUUCUUUCCACUUUCUUUUUUUGGUACCAAACCUCAGGUCAUGUCCCUCCAAGUCUAGUAGUUUUUUCCUUUCUAAUGUUGCCCAAUCUUUGAUCCACGUAAGGGCGCAUGCCUCAUAGUACAGUCUCAUAUUUGGCAGCCCUAGUCCUCCUCUUUUGUUGGGUUAUCUAAGCAAUCAUGCAUGCAUUUUCAAUGUGGGAUGGUUUAUGUAGUUAGUUAUAUUUGUUGCUUAGUAACCUGAGCCAAGAUGCAUUCCAGAGUUGAAGCCACCAUUUAGGGGUUUUUGCAUAUGAAAUGGGAAAUGGGAGUAUCCUUUCUGGGGGGACACAGGAAGUGAUGUACAGAUGCCUCUUCCUGUCUCUUCCUCUUUGCUCCUGCCAUGCCAUGCUGAUAUUCCUGUUUUGUUAAGAGAUAUGUAGUAUCCUGAACUGUUUUUCUUUGGAACUAAGACGUUUUUUGCCUGUAUGACCAUCAUCAUACAAGAUUGUGAGUAAACAUAUUUCUGCUAUUUUAUUUGAUGUCUCUGAUGCUUAUUUUAUGCGCAUGACUUUUUUAAAGGGAAAGGGAGGCUGGAUAUUUUGUCUUAUUGUUUAUUUUCUUUUUACCUCUGCUCACAUAAACCCCUAGUCUUCUGCGUUUUACUGCUCUGCACCAAUAUUUAACCAUAUUGGGAUCAUAAUCUUAACAGGUUAUGAAUAUAUAUAUUUCUAUUAGGUUAUGAAAAUAUAUUCCUAUUAGGUUAUGGGCUCAGACACAAAAAGGGGAUAUAUUUUUAAAAGAGCAAUUUUAAGAGGUAAUAUUUUGUUUUGACUCUUAGUUUGGUGAGAAGUUUCAGAGCUUCUACAGUGAAGAGAGCUCACACAUUGAGAAGGCAUUUCCUGCUUUUUUUGUUCUGGCUGAGGCUUGGAGAUUGCCUGAAGGCAAAGCCUCUUGUGUUGUAAAUUGCCUGGCUGCAUGGUCGCCAUUUGAAUGUUUGCAGGCCUUGCCAGCCACAAGGCUUGACUUUUAAAAGGACACAUUUUUUUCCUCCUCCUUUCUCUUGUGCAUGUGCUUUUCAGAGAACCAUUUUGAUUUUUCUUUUUGGCUCAUUUUUCAUUCUAAGCCAAUAUUUUGAGAUUUUGAUUUUGAUCUUUCUUUUUGGAAUUCCUAUAUUUUUGAUUGAAGAUUUUUGAUUUUUGGAAUUCUGUUUGAAAGAUGGAUGAUAGAGAGAGAAUGCAUUUGUUGAGAGACGAUUUGAACAGCCAUAAUUUUCAUUAUUGGCAUGAUAAAGUAUUGAUACUCCUUGAGUAUGAGAGAGUGUUGGAUUGUAUUGAGAGAACAUGUCCAGAGUCUAAUGAGGAAGCUAUUUCAGAUUGGAAAGUGAAGGAUGCAAAAGCCAGAUAUUUGAUCACUUCUUCUCUGAAAACUAAGCAAAUGAUGUAUGUAAGAGAUUGUGUAACAGCCAAGGAUAUGCUGGAUGCACUAAAACGCACAUUUGGCCAUAUUUCAAAGCUAGCUGCUAUUGGGUUGUUGAAGAGACUUAUGAAAACAGAGCUUAAUGAUAAGAAAGAGUGUGAUAAACAUUUAGAGAAUUUUACAGAAAUGCUUGAUAAGUUAAAGAUGUCUGGUUUUAACAUUGAAGAUUUUCAUAAAGUUGGAUUAUUGAUUGGCUCUUUGGGAAAUAUUUUUGACCCAUUUAUGUCUGCAAUUGAGUCAAAUCCAGAUAUAACUUUUAAUUUGGCCGUUGCAAGGUUCAGAGACUUCUUUAAUGAUCAGCAUAGAAGUUCACAUGUGGAUAGCCCCAAAGCAAAUGAAUCAAGUUACAUGGCAUCAAGUCGCCACCCUCAUAGGGGCGGAGCUUCAAGGGACAGCCCAAAGGGGAGUACAUGCUUUAAUUGUGGAAAAUUUGGUGACAUUGCUAGAUUUUGUCGCCUACCAAAGAAAGAUGGUAUGCCAUCUGGUGGCAAUAAGCAAGUAAAGCAAGAAAGGAAAGUUUUUACAAACAAGCCUGCUGGAAACAGACAAUCACAUAGAGGCUUGAUGGCUGCUCAUUCUAUUUUAACAAUUAAUGAGAACAAAGACAAAGAAGAUGAUUAGAUUGUUGAUUCAGGUUGUACACAGCAUAGCUCAAAUAACUGAGAAUUUUGUUGAACUGAAUCAAGAAGUUAAAGGUGAUUUGAGAAUAGCUAAUGGAGAUUUAUUGAAAAUAAAAGGAUCUGGAAAGUGUAUUGUGAAAUGUAGUUUGCCUGAUGAGGUUGCUGUAACUGGAUUUCAGAUGUUCUUUACAUUGAUUCACUUCAAUGCAAUAUGCUAAGUGUUAGUUCCAUGGACAAGAAGGGAUUUGCAAUUCAUUUUGAGAAUGGUCAAUGUGAUAUUACAAAAGAAGGUGUUUUAUAUGCCAAAGCUUUUGAAAAGAAUGGAAUGUAUGAAUUGUGUGUUUCAUCUGAGCAAGCCAACAUGGUUAAGACACAUGUUGAUGGAAAGAAUCUUGAAAUUUGGCAUAGACGUUUUGGUCAUAGAGAUGCAAAUGCAAUUCUGCAGUUGCAGAAGGACAAUUUGGCUACAAACCUUGAGAUAAGCAAUACAGUUUUUGAUAAAUGUGUAGUCUGUGUUCAACAGAAAGCAGUGAGUCCCUCUUUUCCAGUCAACACAGAAAAGAGAUCUACUAAGAUUCUAGAUUUAAUUCACAGCGAUAUUUGUGGUCCCUUUAAGACUUCAUUUGGAGGAAAUAAUUAUGCAGUUAUUUUCUUAGAUGAUUUUUCAAAGUUUUGUGUUUCUUAUAUUCUGAAAGACAAAUCUGAAGCUCAAGACAUGUUGCAGAGAUAUGUUGUUAUGGUGAAGACUAAGUUUGGAUGCACACCGAAAACUAUUCAAACUGACUGUGGUAGUGAGUACACUUCACAUCGCACACAGAGAUUCCUGGAAGAGAAUGGAAUUCAGCAUUUUAAGAGUGUUCCUUAUACUCCUCAGCAAAAUGGAGUGGCUAAAAGGAAGCUUAGGUCUCUAGUUGAGAUGACAAGGUGUAUGUUAAAAGAUGUAAAUCUUCCAGAUUGCCUCUGGGGCGAAGCUUUUGCCACUGCUACUUUUCUUCAGAAUCGUCUACCAACUAAAGGUGCUACUAAAACUCCUUUUGAGUUGUGGACUGGUAAUGUGCCAAGUAUGAAACGCAUCAAAAAGUUUGGAAGUAUAGCUUAUGCUUAUAUUCCCAAGCAGAAAAGGCACAAGUUGGACUGUAGAUCUGAACAAACUAUUUUAGUUGGUUAUGCACCUGCAAAUAAAGGCUAUAGAGUCAUGAACUUAAUGACUGGUGAAGUAUCUACACGACAUGUAGUGCAUUUUGAUGAACAGAGCAAAGUCAAUCUAAAAGGGACUGUGCUAGAUUUUUCAGAUGAAGAAGAGAAUACUACUUUACAGCUUACAGAGUCCAUUGAUGAUGUACCAACAAUUUCUUCAAUUGACACACUAGAAAUGUCACUGGAGUUCAUCCAGAGAGGCAAGGAACGCACCACAGACGCUAGAGGCAGUACACAAACAGGAGGGCCAGAAGAUGAUGCUGGUGAGUUAAGUCCUGGAGUAGAUGGAUCUGCGGAGGUAGGUUGUCUUCCAGAACAAACUCACAGGUAUUCAUUGCGUCCUAACAGAGGUGUACCACCCUCGAGAUUGUCUUACCUUGCAGAGUCAACAUUAUCCAGUGAACCGUCUACUAUAGAAGAAAUUGAGGUGCUACCUGCCACAGAAGCUGAACAGUGGAGGAAAGCAGCACAAGAAGAGAUUGAUGCUCUACACAAGAAUGGAACUUGGACACUAACUGAACUUCCACCUGGUAAGAAGCCAAUUGGAUGCAGAUGGGUAUUCACAUUAAAGAGAGAUGCAGAAGGAAGAAUUGAGCGCUACAAAGCGAGACUAGUUGCUCAAGGAUUUUCUCAGAAGUAUGGAGUGGAUUAUGAUUAAACUUUUGCACCUGUUGUGAAACACAGCAAUAUAAGACUACUUCUAAGUAUUGCAGCUUCAAAGAAGAUGACUGUACGACAUCUAGAUGUUAAGACUGCAUUCCUGCAUGGAAAGAUUACGGAAAGUUUAUUUAUGAGACAACCACCUGGUUUCGAGGACAAGAGAAGACCUCACCUUCUUUGUAAACUUCACAAGGGUCUAUAUGAACUUCGUCAAUCAGCAAAAGCCUGGAAUGACAAAUUAGAUGAAAUGCUGAAGCAAUUGGGAUUCAAGCAAGGAGAAGCAGAUCAGUGUUUGUACACUAGAACCAAAAAUGGACAUUGUACUUUUAUUCUGACCUAUGUAGAUGAUCUUAUUGUAUCAACUGAAUCAGAUGAAGAUUACACCGAGGUUGUACAACAUUUGAGCAAACAAGUUGAAUUGAAAGAACUUAGAGAUGCUACGUACUAUUUUGGAAUACAAAUCAAGAGAGAGAAAGAUGGAUCUUUUCUCUUGAGUCAGAAGCAAAAGAUUAUAGAUUUGCUGGAAGUUACUGGACUUCAAGAUGCAAAAACAGUAGCUACACCAAUGACUACAGAUUUCUUGAGAAACAAUGAAGAAAGUGUACUUUUGCCAAACAACAACCAGUAUAGAACUGCUAUAGGAAAGCUCCUAUAUUUAGCUACCAGUACCAGACCGGAUAUAUCGUCUGCUGUUGGAAUUCUAAGCAGAAAGGUCAGUGCACCUACUCAGAAAGAUUGGAUAGCUGUCAAGAGAGUUGUAAGAUACCUGAAAGGAACAAUGGACUUACAAUUGAAGUUACCGGCAAGUGACAAAUCAAGAUUGAUUUGUUAUUCAGAUGCUGACUGGGCUAGUGAUUCUUCAGAUUGUCAGUCAACUAGCGGAUAUCUGUUUAUGUACGGAAAUGGUCCUAUCGCUUGGGUAAGCAAGAAUUAGUGGCUAAAUCCACUACUGAAGCAGAAUACAUAGCCAUUUCCCUAGCAUCAGAUGAACUUUUGUGGCUUCAUCAACUUCUGACUGACUUUGGAAUUGAUGAGCAGAAGCCUAUUCAAGUGUUUGAGGACAACCAAAGUUGUAUCUAGUUUGCCAAGUCUGAGAAGAUGAUGAUGCGUACAAAGCAUACUGGAAUAAGGUACCAUACUGUACGUAAAUUUUCUCAAGAUGGAAUGAUUGAACUGACAUACUGUCCAACAAAGGAGAUGGUGGCGGACAUUUUGACGAAACCGUUACCUAGAGAUGGUUUCCAAGACCUCCGUGUCAAGAUGGGACUAAUUGUCCCAUCAGAUUGAGGAGGGCUGUUGGGUUAUCUAAGCAAUCAUGCAUGCAUUUUCAAUGUGGGAUGGUUUAUGUAGUUAGUUAUGUUUGUUGCUUAGUAACCAGAGCCAAGAUGCAUUCCAGAGUUGAAGCCACCAUUUAGGGGUUUUUGCAUAUGAAAUGGGAAAUGGGAGUAUCCUUUCUGGGGACACACAGGGAGUGAUGUACAGAUGCCUCUUCCUGUCUCUUCCACUUUGCUCCUGCCAUGCCAUGCUGAUGUUCCUGUUUUGUUAAUAGAUAUGUAGUAUCCUGAACUGUUUUUCUUUGGAACAAAGACGUUUUUUGCCUGUAUGACCAUCAUCAUACAAGAUUGUGAGUAAACAUAUUUCUGCUAUUUUAUUUGAUGUCUCUGAUGCUUAUUUUAUGCGCAUGACUUUUUUAAAGGGAAAGGGAGGCUGGAUAUUUUGUCUUAUUGUUUAUUUUCUUUUUACCUCUGCUCACAUAAACCCCUAGUCUUCUGCGUUUUACUGCUCUGAACCAAUAUUUAACCAUAUUGGGAUCAUAAUCUUAACAGGUUAUGAAUAUAUAUAUUUCUAUUAGGUUAUGAAAAUAUAUUCCUAUUAUCUUUUGUUUUCAUCUUUGAGUAUUUUUGUUUUGAUUCUGGGCUCCUUUCCAUUCCAUAUAAAUUCUGAGAUUUCUUUGUGCCAUUUAUUGAACAAGUGGUUAUUUCUUAUGAUGGGAAGGUUCUGAAAGAGGAACAGUAAUUUCAGAAAAAUAUUCAUUUUUAUAAUUGCAAUUCUCCCUAGAAAUGAGACAUUUAGGUAUUUCCAAUUUUUCAAAUCUUUUUGGAUAUUUUUCCUUUUAUCCUCGUAGUUGUUUUUAAGAAGAUUAGUAUUGCUUGUAGUAAUAAUGAUCCCUAAGUAUUUAAUCUUCUUCUCUGUUCUCAAUUUUGAUUCUUCCUCUAAUUCUUUGACCCUAUCCUUGGUCAUAUUCUUUGUUAGUAUUUUGGUUUUCUCUGUAUUUAGUUUGAAACCUGCUAAUUUUCCGAAAUCCUCAACUUUCUUAAUCCAUUUCUGAAUUUACUGGCUUGGCCAGUAAUGAGAUAUGAGGAUCCUUGCUUUAAAAGACUCAGGCUGAGAGUGGCAGAAACUGCAGCAGUAUUUCUCACAAAAACCGAGGGACCAAAUCUUUUGAAACAGGACACAAUAAAUAAAGGGUGGAGGGAACAAAACUUUUCUAACCUGGAAUUAUAUUUAACUCUUUAGUGCCUCUGGGCUAUUGAGGAUUUGACAUUUCCCCUUAAAGCUUUUCUUUUUAAAUAGUCUGGGAAUGCCUAAAUAUUCAGGGUCUCACUAAGAGCCUGCUUUCCCUAAGAUAGGAAAGCAUAUGCAGUCACUGAAUCCCUUAAACUCUUGAUUUUGUGUUAAUUUUCGCAUUUUGAGGAAAUAUUAUUUCUUAGAACAAGAUGCUGGCAAUGGGGGGAGCAACUUUACAUCAGUUAAGGUUGGGCUAGAUUAUCAUUCCUGAGUACAGACAUGGAGACUAGUUACAGGUUUCUGAAGAUGAAGCUCCAGGCUACAAAGGGAAAUGAACACUUUACUAAACGGAGACAGUGACUCCCUGAAGACAAUUAUACUUCUGUCUUAUUUUGUAUUCAUUUUGUACAUAAAUUUUUCAGGUUGUUGGUCCUCAGCCCCACAUUUCUCAGCUGAUAUAUUUAACCAGAUCAUAAUGUUGCCUCUUAAGUCUUUGAUCCAAAAUCCCUCAUCUGCAGGGUGAUGAGAAGCAGUUAAGAGAUCACAACUCUUGUGGAAGAUGAAAUUUCAGAAAGUGUACUUUGUGUUAUCACCUGUUACAGCUGUCGGAAAGUACAUAUAUUCGACAUGUUUAUUGUCAUUACUAAAUCCUGAAGUUCUCAAUAUUUUCAUGAAGUCCUGCAUGUUAGUCCAAACUCUUCUGAUUCUGUUCCCUGUGUCUGAACUGUAGUUGUUCACUCUCCUUACUCUGUACAAGAUUUUUUAUGUGUAAUAAAAAUAAAAAUACCUAUCUUUCUACAA